UAAUUGGGGUAAGAAAAGGUGCCCCUUAAAACACAUUGCAUAGCUGUUCUAGAAUUUCUACAAACUGUCAAGCUGAGCCGUUGAAUUAGCCAUGCCCCCUCUUUCCAAAACCCGCACUCCAAAGAUACUAAAUUAGCUUUAUUUAGACGAUAUCAUGAAGAAACGGUUGUUAAAAACAACAGCAGCAAAAUAGCGCCCUCAACUGACAACUGUUAUGAACAACACGGCAUAAAAAUGGCAUUAAGCCUCAAUCAUUCGCUGUAACUACAAUACUAUGAGAAUGUGCAAAAUGACUGACAGGUUGAAAGCAUCCGUGGACACAUUUUUGUUUGCUUAUUAAAGAGUCUAGAGACCGGUGAGAUAUCUCAUAACAUUUAUUUCAUUAAUAUCUUUCAGGGAUUAGUACAAAUAAAUUCCAUACCUUUCCUUGAAAAAAAUCACUUACAGAACCUAUUAGUGGGGCAAAUAGAUUUGUUAUGAAAAAUAUUCAAUGUGUGGUCACAUUGACUGAUCUAAUCAUAAUGGAGAUUAAUUUGUUUAUAGAAUUCUUGAGAUGUUAUGAAAUGUCAAGUGUGACUGAAAUUAACAGAAAAUGUUUAAACCUUAUUUUGCAGACAGUAUACCUUUAUUUCAAGCAAAAACCAUAUUUGAAAUGCUACACUCAGGCUGUGUUUGUGUAAAGAGCACUUUAUGGCCAGUUUAUCUUUUAGUCCAUUGUGGAUUAUUCUUCUAAGAAUUCUCAGAUUUUAUAUCUACACUAUGAUUAACCUCUGUCUGGUAAUUGAUCUGUUGGUCUUUAAACACAUUGUGUGAGGAUAUAAUGACAAAUCAAACUUUAGUAAUCAUAAGACAUUUGUUUGUGCACUGGCGUGUUGCAGAAUAUCUUGCAGAAUUAUUUACUAAAUUUGCAUUGAGUGCAAUUUACAAUGGUUGUCACAUUUCCUGGUUUAAUCUUCCAUUUUAAUUAAUUUGUUUACAUUUCUUUAAGCUUAUUUCACAGCAUUCAACAUGCCUAAUUGUUUCUGUGUGCAUGCUUCCCCUUUUUACAAGAAAGGACUUUGUUUUAGCAAUGUGAAAUUAGUGUAAUCAUCAAAAUAAAACCAUAAUGUGGAUUAUGAGAUAUUACAGCAGCAAACACACAUGACCUUUGCAACCAUAGCAGUUUUUACAGUUAAAACAAGGAUUUAAAUACCAUUCCCGGUAGAGUAUGAGCAUCAGGGGUUAUUCAUUAAACGCUCUGUGCAAUCGCAUUUUAAACAAAUGCAUAAUUUACACCCAUCUCAUAGUUACUUCUGCAGUAUAUAACCCACCUAUGACCGAGAGCUCAGAAUAAACCUCUUGGACCUUCACAUUGGACAAGUGCAUCCACACGUUUGAUCUGGAGUGUUCUGAAGUUCAGGAUGGACACGUCCAGCUCUGUCAUCAGUGAGAAGUCUGAAACUCAAGAGAGGCCCAAAUGGGACAAUAAGGUCCAGUAUCUGCUGACAUGUAUUGGAUUUGCAGUGGGAUUAGGGAAUGUAUGGAGAUUCCCAUACCUGUGCCAGAUUUACGGAGGAGGUGCAUUCUUGAUCCCGUACCUGAUCGCACUGGUGUUUGAAGGGUUGCCGUUACUGUAUCUGGAGUUGGCAAUUGGUCAGAGCUUGAGGAAGGGCAGCAUUGGUGUCUGGCACACAAUCUCUCCUCUGCUGGGUGGAGUGGGUGUGGCGUCUAUGAUUAUCUCAUUUCUGGUGGGUUUGUUCUACAACACUAUUCUGGCGUGGGUGCUGUGGUAUUUCUUUCACUCAUUUCAAGAACCUCUGCCCUGGAGUCAAUGUCCUGUAAACGAAAAUCUCACAGGAUAUGUAGAAGAAUGUGUUGUGAGCACUCCCGUGAAUUAUUUCUGGUACAGACAGACGCUUAACAUCUCUCCAGACAUUGAGCAGAGCGGAUCACUGCAAUGGUGGCUGGUCGUGUGUUUGGCCUCGGCGUGGAGUAUCGUUUACAUCUGCUUCAUUCGGGGCAUCGAGACGAUCGGCAAGGCUGUGUAUGUGACUGCAACUUUUCCAUACUUGGUGUUGACGAUCUUUCUGGUGAGGGCCCUCACUCUCCCCGGUGCCACAGAUGGUCUCCGGUACCUCUUCACACCAGACUGGACAAUACUGAUGGACCCUCAGGUGUGGUUAGAUGCGGCCACACAGAUCUUCUUCUCUUUGUCUCUGGCAUUUGGAGGACUCAUUGCCUUCUCCAGUUACAAUCCUAAAAAGAAUGAUUGUGAACGGGAUGCUGUAGUUGUGGGAUGCAUUAACAGCGCAACAUCUCUCUAUGCUUCUAUUCCAAUAUUUGCCAUCUUGGGCUUUAAAGCCACAUCUAACUACAACAUUUGCAUCAACAGUAACAUCUUGGAUCUGAUCAAUGCUUUUGAUGUCGCGGACAAAAACAUCACAGCUGAGAACUACGAGAGCUGGCUGAAGUCACUAAAUGCGUCAGAUCCAGAUAAACUCUCCAGUCUGAACCUCAAACACUGCAGCCUCCAAAGCUUUCUGGACCAGAGUGCUUCAGGAACGGGUCUGGCAUUCAUCGUGUUCACAGAAGCCGUGAUCGAGAUGCCGGGCUCUCAGGUGUGGGCAGUGCUGUUCUUCGUCAUGCUCUUCAGUCUCGGCCUCUCCUCCAUGUUUGGGAAUCUUGAGGGUGUCCUGACGCCUCUGCUCGACCUGCACAUGGUUCCAAAGUGGAUGCCAAAAGAACUCUUCACAGCUCUCAUCUGUGUGGUGUGCUUUGUGGUGGCCCUGAUCUUCACAUUGGGUUCUGGGAACUACUGGCUGGAGAUCUUCAAUAGUUACGUGGGCUCUGUUCCGCUCCUUGUCAUUGCCUUUUUCGAGAUUGUUGGUGUCGUCGUGUUCUACGGCAUGAAGCAGUUUAGUGAUGAUAUCGAGUACAUGACGGGACGCAGACCGAACAUCUUCUGGCGUGUGUGCUGGAUGGGGAUCAGUCCUCUCAUGUUAAUUGUCGUUCUGGUGGCUUACAUCGUCGUGCAGGUGCAGAAACAUCCCACAUACCCCGCCUGGAACCCGGAAUAUGAAAACUUCCCAGAGACCGAAGAGAAGCCGUAUUCUGAUUGGGUGUUUGCAAUCUGUGUGCUGUUGAGCUCUGUUCCCGUCAUCUCCAUCCCCAUCGUGGCCGCUUACAGAUUGAUCAGACGACAAACAAGGUCACUAACCAGCAGCAACCACCCAAACCCCUACGACAACCAAGCUUUCACACUCGACAGCGAGAUCAAGUCCUCUUUCAAAGCGGUCUAGAAGAGACUCUGGAGUUUCAGGUUUUUAUUGAGCUCCUGUGAUAUUAUACAGAUGGAUUUGCACUGAAGUGUGUGUCGACUUUCACGGUUGGAUGAAGGAGAGACUUUUUCUCUGGAGAAGUCUACAAACACUUGAAACUCCAUCUCAGGAUUAUAAGGAUGUUUUGUUUUUUUGUUUUUUUACCUGCAGACCUGUAAGGUCCAAACACAAACAGUUCAUUUAAUAUGACUUAACUGCAUUGUUCAAUUUCUUAAAAACAAAUAGCCAAAUAAACCAAAUAGUUUUCCUAAAAAAUUAUGUCCUCAUAUGUGGACAGCAGGACUAAGAUAUGAAAUUUUAAAUAAUACCAAGCUAUAAAAAGUCAGAUUUUUUAAUUAAAUUGUUUAUGUUUCCAGGAGUGUUGAUUAUUCAUGUUUUUAGACGUUACAGACAUUACAUCAGAAAUUAUCAUAAUUAAUUCAGAUUCAAAGUAAUGUCCAGCAUCAUCCAAUCACUGCCAACCAUGUUAAAAUAAAAUGAUACAUUAUAAAUUCUGAAUCUAUGUACUAAUUAUCAUUGUCACAUUUGUGUCAAACAUGUUGAGUGAUCCAAACAUCAUCUGCAGCCUGAAACUGAACUUUUACUGAACUAUAGGAUGCUCCCUUGCUCCCUAUUUAGUGAAUGACUUAACCUCCAGUGUGCUGUCUGUCUGCACUGGUCUCAGGACAGUUUGAAAUGCACCUUAUUUUCAUCCUAACUCCAUAUACAGCCUCUGAAAGCAACAUUUUUCAGCUUUUGGAUGCAUCCAUUAAUUCAUAAUGCACAGAGAAUAUAGGAUAUUUUAAGGACAAUUGGCCUAUAGUCCACGUACGUGGUCAUUGUGUUUAAUAGCGUGCCGUUUCAUGAUUAAUCAAUGACAUUUUUAAAAUGGGAUUUCGGAUGAAACUAGAGACUCUAAUCUUUUGACUCAAACAGGUUUCAAUGUAAAUACUUAAUUAGGUUUCUUACUAGAUGUUGUUUUGUUGCCAUUUCUCCCAAAGACAAAGACGGUGCCAUGGUGUUUUGUCAUGUAACUCAGUGCUUCGAAAUUUAACCCUUUAAUGGCAGCCAAGAGUCUCUGGAACUGAGAUCAGUUGGUUUAAAUUAAAUAAAAUUAUGCAUAGCCUAUAGCAAAGCCAAAACAUAAUGUCCAUGUAUGUGGACGUGGAGUAUUAGGAGGUUAAAUGGUUUUAAUUGCAGUUGGAAAAAAAACCCAAAAUGGCUCACUAUCACUGUGACUAAACAAAUUUGUCCUUAAACCUUAACCUCUGAGAAAUAUGAGUUAUUACUGUAAAAAAAAAAAAAUAGAAAAAAAAUUAACUUCAUUGACUAUUUCCCAAAUUUGUUUGCAUAAUUUGCAAUAUAUUCAGCAGGAGACAAGAGUUGAAGUGUUAUGAGUAUGUUGUGUUUAAACUCAAAAUAUGUAGCUUUUGUAAUCUUUGUUUUUCAGUCUUGAGAUUAAAUCUAAUUUUAUUGUCUUUUAUAUGCUUGCAAUUAAGGUUUUAAUUAAAACAGUGAAUUUGAGUUGACUAAUUAUCUUUCUAGCUAAUUUGCUAGAAAAUGUAGCAAGAAAUACUUUUGUAUUAACAUAUAUUUGUUUUUAAAUUUUAUCCUCAUUUCUCCCAAUUUGGAAUGCCCAAUUCCCACUACUUAGUAGGUCCUUGUGGUGGCGCGGUUACUCACCUCAAUCCGGGUGGUGGAGGACAAGUCUCAGUUGUCUCCACUUCUGAGACCGUCAAUCCGCGCAUCUUAUCACGUGACUCGUUGUGCAUGACACCGCGGAGACUCACAGCAUGUGGAGGCUCAUGCUACUCUCCACGAUCCACACACAACUUACCACACGCCCCAUUGAGAGCGAGAACCACUAAUCACGACCACGAGGUGGUUACCCCGUGUGACUCUACCCUCCCUAGCAACCGGGCCAAUUUGGUUGCUUAGGAGACCUGGCUGGAGUCACUCAGGACACCCUGGAUUCAAACUCGUGACUCAAGGGGUGAUAGUCAGCGUCAAUACUCACUGAGACACCCAGACCCCAUUGUGUAUUUUUUUAAUAUUAAUAUUUUACUAUUUUGUCUUUAAACUGGAAAGAAAAAAAAGUGACUAAGUCACUGUAUGACAGACCUUAGAUUAUCUAACACCAUAUUUAAAAAUAUGAUUAAUAUUACAGCUGUAUUAUUUCCUAGUCAAACAUUAUACAUUACAGUAAUUUUGUUGGGAUCUAAAUUUCCAUGAACUUUCUCAACUUCAAAAGUAACCGAAAAUAAUACAGAGACAAACUGAUGUGAAACGUGUCCUGCAUAACUAAUCAUGCUCACUCAGAAGCAGUUUUAGUUAGUUAGUAACCAGAAUGACGAGUUUAACAGCCGCUGCAUAAUGUUUCAAAACAGAAUGUCAUAACUGAAUACUGAACGUUUGCUGUCUACUGCAUGAAAUAAUGUCAAUAAAAAUGUGUCUGAUAA